CCGUGCGUGGUGUGAGCGUAGAGGGUGCGCGGACAUCCGUGUGUUGCCCGAAAACUGUUGGUGUGUGAUAAUCCGGGAACAAAUACGCAAGCGGACAGAAAUAAGAAGGAAAAAAGUUAGUUAAAUGCAGAUGUGAUGCUUAGAUUGGUUUGAGUGGAGACAGGAGAAGGGUAGAAAGUGGAAGGAGGGGGUGUGGAGGCUGUGUGUGUGUGAGAAUCUGAUGGGUUUGUACGAAGGUACCGGGUCGCCGCAGGAAAUGUACUGGCAGUACGGGUCGUCUGAGGGAGCAUACGACCCCAGCUGUGACCCUUCCCCCACCAUGCCUCAGCUUCACGACCACGCCCACGCCCACGAGAACUCCAGCGCCCACGAACAGGCCCCUCUGACCCCUUCGUCGUCGUCGUCGUCGUCCAACUCCUCGGCGUCCUCCGGAGGCCACGCCAAUUUCGUCAGUCCCUGCAGUGACAGGGCCAACCACUACGUCUCUCCCGGGUCCGAUGCCGGGUCCACAGGCGUAGGAUCCCCAGGCACGGGCAUUUCCUCCGGAGGCGUCUCCAGCAGCGUCUCGGGAGGCGAGGGCAGCGAGACCUCCUUCUGCGCCGGCUGCUCCGGCCGCAUCAUCGACCGUUUUUACCUUCUGGCCGUCGAGCGCAAAUGGCACGCAGGCUGCCUGCGCUGCGCAGCCUGCCACUCUCCGCUGGACGCCGCCGUCACCUGCUUCGCGCGCGACGGACACAUCUUCUGCAGGGACGACUAUCACAGUUUCUCCUCUUCCAGGUUGUUUAGCAUGCGCAGAUGUGCGCGGUGCAGCCAGUGUAUCAGCAGCGCAGAACUGGUGAUGCGCGCGCGCGAGUUCGUCUAUCACGUGCAGUGCUUCACUUGUGCGCACUGCAACAUGCAGCUCACGAAGGGCGACCAUUUCGGCAUGAAUGGACCACUCAUCUACUGCAGAGACCACUACCAGGUCAUGUAUUCCUCCACCCAGAUGUCAAGUCCACUCGAAAGCGGAUACAUCACGCCCAUGAGCAUGCCCCCUGGGGCGCUGCCCGGGGCGCCCUUGCCUCCGGGUCCCCACGGCGUCCACCCGCACCUGCCCCCGGAGGUCCUACAGGGCUUCUCGCCUCCGGACCACGGCGGGAAGAUCCCCUACUUCAACGGCGUCGGAACCCACCACAAAGGACGGCCGAGAAAGAGGAAACCGAAGGACGAGCCGAUGGACACCAACAUGAUCCAUCUCUUUUCUCCAUCAGACAUCCCGGGCGGGUACGACCUCGAGAGCGCCUACGGACCCUUGGGCACGCCCUGCCAGUCGGUGCGGACGAAGCGGAUCCGGACGUCGUUCAAACACCACCAGCUGCGGACCAUGAAGGCCUACUUCGCCCUCAAUCACAACCCGGACGCCAAGGACCUCAAGCAGCUGUCCCAAAAGACGGGCCUCUCCAAGCGGGUUCUACAGGUUUGGUUUCAAAACGCCAGAGCGAAAUGGCGACGGCAAAUGAUGUCCAAAGACCCGAAGGCCCUCGCAGGGAGUCGGGAGCGAGGGAGGUCUGGAAGGGCAGCAGGGCGAAGGAUCCGUCGGGGACUACCCGGACACUCCAACGGUUCCUCCUUCGGCCAUGAGUCCCGAGGAGGGGAACAGCAGCUCCCAGAUGUCCUACCAGCAGAUGUUUUGACAUUUGUCUCACCCAGAUCCCAGCGGCGCCGGGCGGCAGCAGCAUCAUCACCUGCAGCCGAUUCCGCUGCCCCAGAUUCCCGUGACCUCUUCCGGCGGUCCGCCCUUGUUCCCCUCCCUCCAGGAGUCCCUCUCCAACUACCAACACGCCUUCGGGGACCAUCACCUCCACCUCUACGCCUCCCCCUCCUCAUCCUCCCCCUCCAUCGCCUCUCCUUCCUCCUCCUUUGCCCACGCAGGCCCCCACCACCAUUUCCCCAGAGGAAGAGGAGGAGGAGGAGGAGGAGGAGGAGGCGGCGGCGGCAGGAGGUCUCCGAACUCCUUCUUCGGCGAGGGCGGCAGCCAUCCGUCCAGUACCAAGGAACAUUCCCCAUCACCGUUUUCUGUGAUCAGCGAAGAGGCGGCCGAGGAGGAGUCCUACAGCUCAGAGGACCUCUCCUCCUCCUACCAUCUCGACUACGCCAAGGAGAAGAAGAGAUUCUACGACGCGGCGCGACCCUGCGCGUCGCCUUCAGAUAGCAAUUCGCAAUCUUCACCACCUCCUCCUCCUCCUCCUCCUCCUCCCCCACCUCCUCCGCCUCUCCCGCACGCCAACUAUUCCCAAGGCCUGAAGGAGGAGGAGGAGGUGGAGGAGGGGCGCAUCAAAGGCGAGAGUGAUAGCGAGGAG